AUGGUUUUAAGCUUAGCGUUCAGAACCUCUGCGGUUAAGGAAGGCCGCCUCCGACCAUUGCGGCCGACUAUUAUAGCCAACUAUUACGGCCGACCUCUGCCGUCGACCUUUCCGGCCGGCGCCGCCGCAGCAGCUUACCCAUCCCGAAUUACAUAG